CUGGGUGACCCUGGGCCUGGGGGUCCCUGAUUCUGGGUGACCCUGGGUCUGGAUGUCCCUGGGUCUGGGGGUCCCUGAUUCUGGGUGACCCUGGGUCUGGGGGUCCCUGAUUCUGGGUGACCCUGGGUCUGGAUGUCCCUGGGUCUGGAUGUCCCUGAUUCUGGGUGUCCCUGGGUCUGGGUGACCCUGCGCCUGGGGGCUCCCUUAUUCUGGGUAACCCGGGGCAUAGGGGUCCCUGAUACUGGGUGACACUGGGUCUGGGUGUUCCUGAUUCUGGGUGUCCCUGAGUCUGGGGGGGGUCCCUUAUUCUGGGUGAUCUGGCACAUGGGGGCCCCUGAUUCUGGCUGAUCCUGGGCCUGCAGGUCCCUGAUUCUGGGUGAUCCCAGGCCUGCGGGUCCCUGAUUCUGGGUGAUCCUGGGCCUGCGGGUCCCUGAUUCUGGGUGACCUUGGGCAUGGGGGUCCCUGAUUCUGGGUGACCCUGGGCCCACGGGAUCCCUUAUUCUGGGUUUCCUGGGGUCAGGGAUUGGCACAGUUUUGGGAUUCUGCAUGUGCAGUCUCGGAAUCCUGAUCUGGGGUCCCUGCAGUUGCGAGGACUAGUAUCUCUCAGUCUGGGAUUUUAGCUCCAUUUGUCUGAAAGGUUGGAUAGGGCUCUAAGCCUGCUGAGGGAGCGGGCACUGUCGGAGGGUCAGUGCUGAGGGAGCGGGCACUGUCGGAGGGUCAGUGCUGAGGGAGCGGGCACUGUCGGAGGGUCAGUGCUGAGGGAGCGGGCACUGUCGGAGGGUCAGUGCUGAGGGAGCGGGCACUGUCGGAGGGUCAGUGCUGAGGGAGCGCCACACUGUCGGAGGGUCAGUGCUGAGGGAGCGGGCACUGUCGGAGGCUCCAUCUGAAGACCCAAACUUUGGCGCUGGUAAAGCUGUGCAGAUGUUUGCCCCAGUGGCAGAGUAUGCGAGGGAGGAGCUGGUCCCCUCCUGCCCUAACCCCCUGUUCUUGCAAUGGCUGGUGGAGUGGCGGGACCUGGCUGCCGACAGGCAACACAAGUCCCAGAUCGUGUAUGAGAAGGCCAUUCGCUCACUGACCAUGUACCCACUCCCUCUACGGAGCGGCCGAGAAGCUAAAAUCUUAUAUGGCUUUGGAGAUGGAAUUUGCAACCGGCUGGAUGAGAAGCUGUCAGAAUACUAUGCUGAGCAUGGCGUUGGUGCACCCAUUCAUUACACGUGUCACCAAUUUCCGACGGCACCGACCUGGACUGGCUACAGAGCACGGCCGGGUUCACCAGCGAAAGGACCACGUUGUCACCGUGCUGGUGAGAGUAUCUCAGAGGAGGAGGAUGGAGCCGAGCUGAGACCCUCUCCAUCAAAAAGGAGGAGACCGGAAAACCACGAGGAGCAGGAUUACAAGCCUCAGAAACGCUCGGGAGGCUAUGCCCUCUUACUAACCUUCUACAGAGAGGCGAAGAAACCGAAUUAUCGUGGCUUUAUGACGAAGGCGGAACUGCAGAGGAAGGCGCAGCCCCUGUGUCGGAACUCCUUCACACACUUUAAAGCAAGUUACCGGUACAAUGCCUGGUCGGCCAUCAGUGCCUUAAUCCAAAAGGACCUCGUGAUAAAGAUUGGUUUUCCAGCCAGGUUCACCCUGACUGAGAAGGGCCUGAAGCUGGGAGAGAAGCUGAACAUGGAGCACUUACAGGAGGAGAGGAUGGAAGAGGGCAAACUGGGCAAGGAUGGACAGGCCAUGCUAGCUCAGGCUCAGGAGGCCAAGGAAGAUCAGGCUCCGGCCAUUGCAGCCGCGGGGUUUAACAGCCAGCCACUGCUGUGCCCACCUCCGUGCUAUGGAGAUCCUAGCAGUGCAGCCUGGCUGCCCAUGGGUGAGGACAUGGCAGAGCCACAGAGCAGCAGCACGGACAGUGGCAGGCAAAGCCCCGAGCCUCUGUUCACUCAUGUCCCUGAGUUCACCUUCCGACCCGGAGAGUUUGAUGUGGUGCUCUGCAUUGAUUUCAUUGAAACCACAGCUGGGGCAAGUCACCGUAAGCGGGAGCUGGUCACCGAGCUGAAAAGGAACAAGGUCGAGUUUGACGUUCGCAAGCUACACGUCGGAGAUUUCCUUUGGAUUGCUCGAGAGAAGGUGCAGUACCAGCCAGGUCAGCCAGCUCCCCAUCGGGCCCGCGAGCUGGUGCUGGAGUACGUGGUGGAGAGGAAGAGGAUGGAUGACCUGUGUGGCAGCAUUGUGGAUGGACGCUUCCGCGAACAAAAGUUCCGGAUGAAACGCUGUGGCCUCAGGAAUCGGAUCUAUCUGGUGGAGGACUGUAGCUUUGUGAAACACCUCAGCUUGCCAGAGAGUACGCUGCAGCAAGCUAUUGUUAACACCCAGGUUGUGGAUGGAUUCUUUGUAAAGCGAACCAAAGAUGUGAAGGAGUCGGCAGCUUACCUCACCAUUAUGACGCGGUUCCUACAGAAACUCUAUCUGCAAAAGACUCUGCUGAGCUGCAGGAAAGAAGAACAGGUAGCAUGCAGCCAAGUGGGAGCUGGCUCUGACUCCUGUAUCCUCCUGACCUUCAGCGAUUUCAACGAAGGGGCCAUGAAAAACCGGGCCCAGACAGUGAAGGAGGUCUUUGCCAAGCAGUUGAUGCAGAUCAACGGGAUCAGCGGUGAGAAAGCAGUCGCCAUUCUCCGUCGCUAUGACACAGUUGCCAGCUUGAUGAAAGCCUAUGAGGAGUGCCCCACUGCUGGAGGGAGGGAGACGUUGCUGUCCAACAUUAAGUGUGGCAGCACACAGAGAAAUUUGGGUCCGGCGCUGAGCAAGACCGUCUCUCAGCUGUACUGCACAGAGGGACCUCUGUGCUGAGCGUUCGCGCUCUCCCAGCUAACAGUGACUGAAUCAAGAGACCUGAGGCUGUAUCACUGGAAACAUCUCUCCGUGUGUCACAUUUGGAUCUUUGGAUUUUUGUUUAUUUUUUGGAGAGGAGACGACUGGGGGAGAGGUGUUGUCCCCAUAAUCACGUUGUCACCACAGUACUCAGUUCCGCCAACAAACGCGCCCAUUCCCUCCUGCCAAGGAUACACCAGAGAGCAUGCCUCUCCCUGAGCAACGGGGGGCCGUUCUGUUUUAAAACUCAACGCGAGUGACCUUGAUUGUCUUACUUUUAACGAGAAAAGCACAAGUGUGAUCUGCUCCUCAGUCUGCGCUUACCCGUCACCAGUUUUUGCUGGGAAGGGGCUGUGUUUUUUUUUACGAAACUUUGAAGCUGUGCAUCAUAAGUAAAGUCCUCAUUUUUGCAUUCUGGCCGCUGACCAGAUUUUAAUCUAAACAAACAGAAGGAUUUUUUUACGCAUUUCUCCAGGCCACAGGCCAUCAAUAAACUCCUUCAUCCUGAUCUAAGUCGUUUCCAAAUGUUGUUAACAUAAGCACUGCCAUUUCCUGCCGAAAUCAAUGCAUGAUUUGAUUUGAGCUUUUUAAUGUUUUGAAAAUAUCAAUGUUUGGGAACAUGAGGAGGCCAUUCGGCCUCUCGAGCCUAUUUUACUUUUCAAGGGUGCUCAAAGAUAUUAACUUCUUCAUCCCAGCUUGUUUCCGCAGUGUCAACAUCUAAUGUGGAGAAUUAACUGCUCAGCUGCCCAAAAUGCUGGACGGUGUUUAAAAGAGACAGGAACUUGAGACUUUUUGUUGGCAAUCAUCAGGACCACAAUGCAAGAAAACCAAUUUUAGAAAGGCAAUAACAAAAUCCCAGUGCCAUCUGUUCGACUCUGGUUGCUGUGGAGAUCCAGCAGGAGCUGCUAACCGGCCAAUCAAAAUUAAGCGGUCAGUUUCAGGUGUGACUGUGAUUGGUCAGGGUGUUGCCAUGAAAGUAAAAGAAAAAUUUGACUUCCUGUCUCUCUUGCGCACCGUUGGACAUAAUGUUAUCUUUUUAUUGAGAGUUCCGAUGAAUCCCUAGCUCUGGAGCGUCUGCCCAGUUUGAGAUAAGGGUAGGGGGGGGAUUGUAACAGUUGCCAAGCUGUCUGAAUGUGAAAGCCCCCACCCCAAGAGAAAAUUUUUUUGUCAACACUGUGGAAUGUAAUGUCGAGGGAAGGGAAUCAGCCCCCAUCCUCUGUGUUUCCCACCAGCUCCACCAUCAUGUUCCUUAAAACGCAGAAUCAACAGAAAAGGACACAUCCUCCCCAGACCAGGACAGUCUGGUAUGGGGAUGUGUUCCCUACCUCUCUACUCCCAACCUCUCCCUCAACGGAAUAAUGGCAAAUCUGUAAUUGAAUACUUUGUGAAAUAUUUAUACAGUUAAUAUUGUGUGUUUGUAUAUCUUUCUGUUUGUGUUUCUGUCUGUAACUGUAUUUCUGUCCCUCUCUCUCUGUCUCUAUCUAUCCAUCUGUAUUUCUGUCCUUCUCUAACUCCUUACCCCUCUCUGUCUCUGUCACUAUCAAUCUCCCUCUCUCACUGUCUGUCUGCCUGCCUCUAUCUAUCCAUCUGUAUUUCUGUCCCUCUCUAUCUCCUUUAUCUCUGUCUGUAUGUCUGUCUGUGUCUGUCUGCCUGCCUCUAUCUAUCCAUCUGUAUUUCUGUCCCUCUCUAUCUCCUUUAUCUCUGUCUGUAUGUCUGUCUGUAUCUGUCUAUCUCCCUCUCUCCCUUUCUCUGUCUGUGUUUCUGUCUAUCUCUCUUUCUGUCUGUCUAUCUCAUGCUCUCUCUCUGGUGGUGGUGUGUCAGAGGCAGGGGGAUGGGGAGAACACAUUGGCCAUCGUCCAUCAUGUUCACCACUCCCCCUCAACCUGCAGUGUGUCGGAGAUGGGUCAGCUCUCUCUGACUGGCCGCACCCCACCCCCACCUCAGAGACAUGGCCCUCCCAUGUGUUUGUACAACUUGUGACUAGUCCUGUGUGUUGCACGUUUUUUGAUUUUGUUUUUUAUUUGUGAAUUGUUAAAGAGUUUGUGCGUGUAGAGCGCAGUAUGUGAGGUUUUUAGCAGUAACCGUGUAAAACUGUGUAGCCCAAUCGUGGGAGAGAUGCCACUGCAGGGGGUGGAGGGUCAGUGGGUAAGCUGAGGUUUCACUCACUCACUCACUCCCUCCCUCCCCAUGGCUCGUUAAUUGUUCAACUCAUGUUAGUAUCGAGAUGUGACUGCCUGAAACAAAUCCCCCAGGAUUGUGGGGCAAGGUGCUAUGGAAACGGUGUGUUUCUUUUUUAAAAAAAAGUUUGAAUAAAGGUAAAAACAUAAAUGGAAAGCAGAGUCUGGGUUUCUCUUCAAAACAGGACCAUUUCUUUUACAUGUUUCCAAAGUCAGCAUGGUGACCCAGCAACACUGAAGGAGCGGUGAUAUCCUUCCAAAUUGGGUUUGGUGAGGGGCUCAGAGGGGAAUG